UCCAACAGUUCAAAGGCUCGGAUGUGUUUUGUUUACGCUCGUGUCGCCAUUCUUUAAUUUUCCCGCGUGUGUUUUCUUUCAGUUUCGUAAAGGCCAAGUUUCAUUCGGUGCUAUCCUACUGCGUAAGGAUAACCAGUGUCUAAAAGUGUACUUACCGGUCUCUCAACUAGUGUCGCGUUAAACAUACGUGCGUGUUAAUCCCGUUGCGAAACGUUUUUUUUGCUACCAAUCGAAUUGCGAAAACCUUCCAAACAAAUCAGCUGCUUGCCGAUUUUAGUUUUGUGUUCGAUCGUGAAUAUCGUGUGCUCAGUGCCGCAAGUUUUUACGUGUUUUCGUGGUUAAAACUCAUCAGCCCUUCAACAUGACUUCGACUAACUUCACGGUUGGAUUUGGCGAAAACUCCAAGGCCUCAAGCAAAGUUCUGAAACCACCAGGCGGUGGCAGCAGCGAUCUUUUCGGUGCGGAUCAACUUGGACCCAACACGCCGCGCACCAUGAGCAAGAACCGUAUGCAGUCGAACAUUUUUGCGGCCCCAGCGGACGCCCACAAGAAUGUCUUUCGGCAAGGAGCUCAUCGAUACUACUUUCUUGGAUCGGAAACUCCACGUCGCGCCGCCCAGGGACAGGAUUCGCACAACCGCCUGUUCGGCGAACUGAACCGUCCGUUCACACCGGCCAAGAACCACAUGAAGAGCAAUCUGCCGAUCGGUGGCGACCAUACCGAUGGUGGCAAGCCGCACCAGAACGGCAAAUCGAACGGAGUCGCUCACCAGAACGGUAACGGCACAGCGAACGGACAUCACACCAACGGACACAGCAAUGGCAAUGGACACAUCUCGUCGGCUUCCUCGGACAAUGGAUCCAGCCACAUUUUCCUGAGGAGAUUAAGUAAUGAUGAAGAUGCAUCACCGGAUUCGGCCUACUCGUCCACCCGGUCACAGAUGCAGCAGCAGCAGCAGCAGCAGCAUCAACAGCACAGCAUGCAAUCGAUGGCGGGUCCUGGUGGCAUAUGGGCGCCGUUCGAUUCGACGGUCGGCCUGGUACCGCCCCUAUCGCCCCGACGCCAUCUGCAGUUCUAUCCGAGUGGCGAAACGCUGAAUCCGACCUAUGCAUCUAACAUUAAUCUCUGCAUCAGUGAUGACAUCAUUAUCAGUGUGACCGAACAUAACGACGAUGCGGUCGGACUAAACGGCAACGAUGGCAAAGCAUCGCCAAGGUCACCACGCUCGCCACGGUUUGCGCAACGGAACCCAGUUACCGGCAACGGAGUCGAAGAUUACGCCGACAAGCCACGGAAGCUUAGCUCGAGACGUGGAGCAGGAGACGGCAAUCCGGUAACUGGUGAAGGGUACAGCAAAUCGAACGGUGCAGCAGAAAUCAACACAACGGUGCCGUCGCUGAACGGAGGUGGCCAUGUUAUCAAUAAGAAUCGCAUUCCGCCCGGUGGAUUCUCGUCCGGUCUGUGGUAAACAGCAUCCUUUUGCUGGCGGUCUUUUACAACAACAACAAUAAAAACGCGAACCCCAUAAUCUGCUGAGAGCCCAACAUCAUCAACCAGCAGAAGCAAACUACAUCCCACAUCCGUCAGAAAGUAAAUCAAACAACUACUCUCCAUCACUGAUUCGUCCUCGUGGAAAGCACACAGAUCCACAGAGAUAGAUUUUCACACAGGUCCAUCCAAGCACACGCCAGCAUCCAAUAGCGAAUGAUGAUCACAGACGAUCGCGUAUAUGAUGAUGUUGAUCAUAAAACCGAGUACUAUUAUACGAUCGUGAUACGUGAAGAAAGCAUAUACCGGAUCCGGCUUCGUUCGGAUAAUGUGUGACUCUUGUUCGGUCCCUAAGCAAAGAAAAUAAAGUAAGAGCGUAUUGGUGUGGGGGUUUUAUGGUGUGAAACAUUUUCUGUGUGAAAAUGUUAUAUGUUGCAAUUAUUUAGCGAUGCCUCCGUACAGUUACAAGUCUUUCGAGGCAAAGAAGGGAAAAAACAGAAUUAUAAAUAUAUCGAACAAUAAUCGAAUCGAACGAACGUUUGGCAAACAGUUGUGUAAAAUGAGCCGAUCCCCCUGAUCCGCUGCUAGCGUAUAGCGUACGUACGGACACCAAACCCCGAAACAUACGAGAUUUCCAGAUAGGGAGGGCCGAAACAAAAAUGAAACAAAAAACUUGGAAGAAAGUUUGAUGCAAAGAGUUGAAAAACGAACGGGCGAGAAGAAACUAAUAAUGGCACUAUAUACAUGCAGUAAUAAAUUCUUUGUAUUAAUGAAUACCUAUAAUAAUCACCGAGGAAAAACCAGCGUGUGUGAGUGAGAGAUGAAAUUGCAUUGGUCCUAAAGUGCAUCAAUUAAUCGAGACCGGAGGUACGGGAAAGGCAAGAGGAAAGUAUCAGGAUGGCGCGAUCUUUAGAGAGAUACACGCAUACAGUACACACAGAAACACAAAAUCCAUAUAUUUAUCAAAAAGCAAUGUGAGUUAUACAUAUAGUUACUGUGCGAACGUGCGCAACACAUUGUAUGGGUGGAUAUAGUGGUGUAGGAGCAUAGUGUGCAUGAACGUACGAAAAAAAAAAAACAAAAUCAAAUUCAAUAUUACAACAAAUAUUGCAAUAGGAAACGAGAAAUUAAAACGAUCGAAAAUGGAGCAAAAUUUGUUAGCUGUGUAAAAAGUAAUGCUAUUACACUACUAUAUUGCUACUGCUGCGCUGCAUCAUCGAUUCUAGUAGCUAGCGGCAACGAUCGUUGCCUGUAGGAAAAUUGUUCUCGGUUCCCCAAUUGUGUAUCAAAACGUUCAACACGAAACCUUCGAAACCUGCCCCAUUUGGCCUUAAAUCUUGUACCGAAACCGUUCGAAACAAACUUCAAACAAAAAGCGUCCUUUCCCCAUACGAAUGUGUGUGUGUGUGCAUUUUCAAGAGAAGUUUAUAUUUGAGCAUCUAAAUGAUUUAAAACCGAAUGAGCUUGUCUCUGGAACUUUUCUCACAUUCUUCACACCCCUACCCGUGUGGUAGUUUUGCGCUUCCCGCGAAUGUUCCCGCUCCGUUGGAAUCGUUUUCCCAUCUCCCCACACCCGCACAGGGUGGUAGGAAAGUUCAAGAAUAGGUGAUGAUGUAUUUCAUUCGAAUUUGAUCUUGCUUGCUAUUAUAAUUUUUAUAAAAUUAUCAGCUCUAUUGAAGAAAGAACGGAAUGCGCGGUAGUGAGGAUGGGGGAGCGCAAGGGAAACGAGCAUACAAUUUUGUGUUGCUUUCUGUUUGUUUUGUGUAAUAACUGUUGUGCCUCUUUCUGUCUGUUUUCAUCUGCCUCGUAAAAUUAAAUCUUUUCUCCUUCUAUUCUACAGUGUGUGUGCACAUUUUGUUUUUGCUAACUUUCAAACGUUUUAUUGCAUUUAUGCAGUUUCAUUAGUACUGACCCGAACCACCAUUGGAUUGGAUUGGAAGAGCAAGUGCUGCGCAUCUCGUUUAGCGAGCGCGAACGCCCGAUAUGUUUGAAUUGGUUUGUGCCUAAAUCAACGAGCCAACCAACCAACCAACACAUACACACGUGAAUAGACACCAUAUAAGCGAACAUGUAUCUCCUAAACAACAACAAGAACAUAACGGAAUGAUUUUUUUUUCUCUUUUGUAAUAAUACAUUUUAAUUUAAUAAAACA